AUGAAAUUGGCCGUCUACAACGAAAUAGUUGAUCUUAUGCGAAAGUAUAAAACGAGAGAUGAAGCUCUACGCCACAUAGCUCCACGGUAUCCAGACGUUUCAGUUGGUGCUCUUGGUAGUAUUUUUGCACAAGAUUAUCAAAAGAAAAUGCGCAAAACACACCAUCUGCAUUACAGCCCGGAUACGACUGAAUAUUAUUAUGAUAAAUACAAGGAUGGUGUAGACAGUGGCCAGAAACAUGUGAUAAUGACUAUUGCCAGAAAUAUAGACCUGUCUCCUUCGCUCUUAUCAAGAAUGAUUCUUGAGAGACAUUUGUCACGCACUAAAUACGGUGGUGACAAUCCGCCACGUAGUCAAGUAACGCAGAUGAUGAAGGAUACCACUCUAAUUGAGAACCCAGUCCUAGCCAACGAGAUAUACGAGUGCGUCCUGUCCGACGAUCAGUAUGGGCCUCUUGUUGACAAAAUUAAACAUUCCAUUGGCCACGAGUACGAAUUUAAACUAAACAGAACUUUAGAUUCCCUGAAGCUCUCGUACAUAGGCGAGGAUCAGAUGAGAGCUAAAGGUUAUGAUAAAACACCAGAUGUAAAACUGGAAGUUCCAAUAGCCGUUGAUGGACACAUGGUUAACUGGAUAGAGAGUAAAGCAUCAUUUGGAGAUGAAUACAGUCACAGGUCCUAUUUAAAGGACCAGUUCUGGAGCUACUGGAAUCGGUUCGGCCCGGGAAUGGUAAUCUAUUGGUUUGGAUUUAUUGAUGAACUUGAUUCAAAUACAGAAAAGGGAAUUAUUUUACGAGACAGUUUUCCUGAAAGCAUUGUAAGAUUGAACCCUGUUGUGAAAUUAAAAUGA